AUGGAGCCUGAAACUACAAAGGCCCAAGCCCCAGAGGCCAGUGUUGCUGCGCCUGACAUGGAGGUUCCGAAGCGCGACGCUGCAAGUGAUUCUGGCGCGGCGGGCGUGGAAGAGCCUCCAGCCAAAAAAGCACGAUUGGAUGAACCUUCCAAACCCACCCAGGUAGAUAUGCGCGAUAGGGGAAUCGCACCUGUCAAAGCAGAAUAUCGCAUCCAAAUCACACCGAAGCCUCGCCCUGCAGAUGAGACUAGCCCCGACGAUGCCGCCGAGGCCGCUCCCCGUGAUGACCGUGAUGGUGGCAAGAAGGACAGAGGAAAGAAAAAGAAGGGCCAGAACACCAAUCGCAGUUAUGGUACAUCUAAAGAUGCGAAGGGCCUUUGCAGCACGAGAAUGUUUGCCAACGAGUUUGCCGCUGGAGAGUGCCAAUAUGGCGAGAAAUGCCGAUUUGAGCACGAUUUGCGGGUUUAUCUGAAAGACCAUAAGCGCGAGGAUCUUACAACCCUGAACAACAUUUGCCCCGUCUUCGAAGCACUAGGGAAAUGCUCUUCCGGCUGGAAAUGUCGUAUGGUUGGUUCGCACUCAACUGAGAGAGAAACCGAAGACGGCAAGAAGGAAUUGAUUUUGCUGGAGGACGCAGAACGUAUAGAGAAAGCUCGGCCUCGUGUGGCCCACGCGACGCCUGACGGAAUUGUCAACCUCAUUUCCAUCCAGGACAAAACAGCACUUAUGAGAAAGCGCGAGGACACCCCUCGGGCUGAUGCCUACACCAAAUGGGCCACCCAAGUGUCUGCAGAAUUGGAGAAGGCGAUCCACCAGCGAUCCACCAUCCGCGAGAAGGGUGACCUUGUUGAACCGGACGAACAGGCGAAGAUCGACAUGCAGGAGAACCGUGCUCAGUUCCUUGAGCCUCCCUUCAUGCCGUCAGAGAAGCGUCGCAUUUACUUUGGACCGGAAACACCCGUUCUGGCACCUCUCACGACCCAAGGAAACAUGCCAUUCCGAAGACUUUGUGGAGAUCUGGGCGCGCAGUUCACAUACUCAGAGAUGGCUAUGAGUAUGCCUUUGAUCCAAGGCUCCAAGUCCGAAUGGACCCUGCUAAAGGCGCACGAGUCGGAAAUGGCACCGCCAACCGUCCUCCCGGGCGACAAUAUUGUUCAGGGCUACGAUAACUCCAAGGAUUCCAGGUUCGGCGCACAAAUUGCUGCUAACAAGCCAUGGCAAGCUCUCAAGGCCACCGAGGUGUUGUCGAAGUUUACGCCCAACCUGCGCGUUAUUGACUUGAACUGCGGCUGCCCCAUUGAGCUUGUAUUCCGUGAUGGAGCUGGCUCAGCUCUUCUUGACCACCACUCUAAAUUGGAGAAGAUGAUUCGCGGCAUGAACACUGUCUCGCAGGAGAUCCCGAUUACAGUCAAGAUCCGUAUGGGAACCAAGGACAACCAGCCUACCGCCCAAAAGCUGGUUGAGCGUAUGGUUCUCGGUGGAUACGAGUCAAGUGUUCUGGACCUCGGCCCCCCGGGAGCCGCAGCCAUUACCCUGCACGGACGUAGUAGACAGCAGCGCUACACCCGACAGGCAGACUGGGGAUACAUCUCAGACUGUGCAGCCCUCAUCAAGCGCCUGAACAAGAAGCAGGAUGCACUCAGCGACACCAUCCGUGAACCUGAUGCCCGCCACAUGCCCAAUGGUGGCAAGACUUAUUUCAUCGGAAACGGCGACUGCUACUCGCAUACCGACUACGACAACCACGUCAAUAAUGCUGGUGUGGACUCUGUGAUGGUGGCCCGUGGAGCUUUGAUCAAGCCUUGGAUCUUCGAGGAAAUUCAGAGCGGCCAGUAUUUGGACAAGUCCGCGACUGAGCGUCUGGCUUAUAUCGAGAAGUUCGCCAAGUACGGUCUCCAGGCCUGGGGUUCUGAUGAGCAUGGUGUUGGAACAACCCGUCGCUUCCUGCUAGAAUGGCUGAGCUUUACCUAUCGCUAUGUCCCAAUCGGACUGUUGGAGUACCUCCCUCCCAACAUUCAAGACAGACCUCCUGCUUGGCGCGGCCGCAAUGAGUUGGAGACACUAAUGGGCAGUGGCAACUACAAAGACUGGAUCAAGAUCACUGAAAUGUUCCUGGGUCCUGCACCUGACACCUUCAACUUCGAGCCCAAGCAUAAGUCGAACUCCUACGAGGCUGAGGGCUAA